AUGAUCACGGAUUUCGACUUCAUGAAGGAAGCGUUCGCGCAAAAGGAGCUUUCGAAUCGAGAUUACAACGCGAAGAUAAAAGUCGACACGGAAAGGAAUGUCAAACACUACGAGAUGGACAAACAGGCUCUGGAAAUACUGGGCGCAGAGGACCAGCUGAUCAAGAAUGGCCCGGGAUACAAUUCAGGACUGGCGGAUGGGCCUUACGAUGACUUCCACAGAAAGUUUCGAACAAUUUGGUACGAAACGACGAAAAAACUCACCGGGCGGAACCGAAUCAUCGAAAUAAUCGAGCAGAGCUCCGAGUCCGUGAAUCGCAUUCUCGGCCAAAAGGAAGCUCGGAAGAAGGCAUCGACCCCAAAGCGGUUUUCGUAA